AUGCUACUCACUUUGUCGUGCGGCGCAGUCGGCUUGACGUUGACCGCUGCCUCUCGUGCUUAUCUACUUGAACCACACUGGAAUCCCACACUCGAAGAUCAAGCUCUUGCCAGGGUUCAUCGCCUGGGACAAGAACGGCCAGUGACAACGAUUCGUCUGUACAUGCGUGAUUCGUUUGAAGAGGAAGUCAUGAAAAUACAGGAAUCCAAGUGGGACUUGGCCGGCAUCCUUCUGUCACCCCAUGAUGGGACUCAGAGUGAUACUAGUCUGGCAAACCUCGAGGACCUCAAUCUCUGGAGGGUGCUGUCGAAUAUGGUCCGAUAUUCUGUGCUUGCUCUCGGUGUCUCUGUCGUGUGGAUAAGACUGAGCUAGAAGCCUUCGCCAAUCCAUUGUCUAUGAUAUCUGGAACGCAUUGAGAUAUCGAGAAAUCCCUUCUAUUUAGAGUACAUAUCAUGGCUCAGUGGCGUGCUAUAGAUGGUUUCUAAGCCCAGGGAAAGGAAUGCGCGAGAAGAAAGUCCGCAGCUCAUUUGCUAUUUCUCCGCAAAAACAAUGCAACGACGGCACGUGGGGAAAGGAGUCCCGACAUUGUCUCGACACCACAUGCGGCCCAAAUUUGAGGCUCAGCCGACGGGACGGCGGUCCGCCGCAGACCGAAGGAAC